CUAUUAUAGAUAAAGAGUUGUUGUUUCAGUCACUUUUGCCUUAACCUUAGUUUUGGGUUUUGUGUGUUUUAAUCAUAUUGUAUAUUUUAAUGCUUGGAUGCCUAAUAAAAAACUUUAAUUUAGGAAAUAGCAAUGAAGCGAUAAUUCGAUAUGACUCAACUUACUUCUCCCGUUACUGAAAAAAGUAACGGCUCCGAAGUACAAGUAAACAACGAGAACACUCAUUUAGAAUUUGAUUGCGAAGAAGCACUUUCAGCUUCAGGAUGUGGAAGAUUCAACGCGUAUGUAGUUCUAAUUGCCAUAUUUACUGGACUAAUAUGUGUGUUCGAAGGAAGAGUGAUGCCUUACGUUGUUCCUGCUGCACAAUGUGAUCUUGGUCUAGGAAUAAAAGAAAAAGCUGUUUUGAACGCAGUACCUUCAGCAGGGAUGAUGUUGACAUCAUUUUUAUGGGGGUCUCUGGGAGAUACGUUUGGAAGGAGAAAAUUAAUUAUUUGUAUGUGCAUUAUGGACUUCUGUUUCAUGCUUGUUGCAGCUUCAUCCCAGUCUUUUGCAGUGCUGUUAACGUUUCGACUUCUAGGUGGUAUGGCAUCAAGUGGUGUUUAUCCAAGCCUAGCAUCCUACUUGACAGAAGUACAUGUAGCAAAGCAUAGAGCUGUGGUGCAGUUAUUAUUGGGAAGUGUUUAUGGACUUGGAGAUAUUUUAUUGCCACUAUUUGCUCUCCUAAUUUUAACAAACCGAGAAAACCUAUUUACAUUUGAAGCCAUUGUAUUUCAUCCAUGGAACCUUUAUUUAUUGGUAUGCUGUAUUCCUCCAUUAAUAGGAGGCAUUGGAUUCAUGUGGCUUCCAGAAAGUCCAAAAUAUCUGGUGAGCAAGAAAGAACACGACAAAGCUCUCAAGUCAUUUCAGUCAAUUUAUACCAUUAACACCAAGAACCCAGUCGCCGAUUAUCCAAUUAAAGAUAUAAGACAUUCAUUACCCCUUGAUGAUAAAAAUGACAUACAGAGAACUACCAUAUCCAAAAAUAGAGUUCAGUUUUCCCCAAUUUUACAAAAGAAGCAUUUUAAAAAUUUAAUAAUCUCUGUUUCCGCCCAGUUUCUUAUUUUCUUGUGUUUAAACUCAGUGAUGCUUUGGUUGCCACAAAUCCUUCAAGAGAUGAGUAUUCAUCAACAACAUCACAACAACACGGCCACAGUAUGUGAAACACUAUAUGACCUACGAGAUCUAACCGGAGUGGGCGAAGGAUGUCAAAAUGAUUUGAGUAAAAAUACAAAAAUAUACAUAUUUUGUAUGAUUGUUGCCUCCAAUACAAUUUUAGUUUUUGCGGUAUCUGGAUUUGUUGUCAAUCGGAUCGGCAAGAAGAAACUUUUAUAUUUUCUCGGAAUUACCUCAGCAAUUGCAUCAUUGUUAUUAAUAUACGCUCAGGAUUUUUUCAUGACGUUGGUAUUAUCAUCAAUAAUAUGUUCCUUUGGCAACAUUGCUUUUAAUGCUCUGGUAGCCAUUGUGACGGAUUUGUUUCCAACCAAUUUAAGGGCAACAUCUGUGUCUUUAUUAAUGACGACGGGUCGACUUGGAGGAUCACUGGGUGCAUUUGUUUUUCCAGUAUUACUCACCUAUGGCUGUGAACCUUCACUUUUGUUUAUUUCAUAUUGCAGUUUAAUAUGGGUUUUUCUUGUAUAUUUAUUACCAAAUGACGCUGCAGUAUCCUAAAAAUGAUCGACCAACUUAUUCCAUUGAGCAAUUAUGAGGGAGAAUAUUAAGGAUGUCCUUCAACUAGAGUGAGAAAUACAAAAUAAUGUAUUAUAUAGUCAUUAUUAAGACAAUAAAUUUGUAAUACAAAAUUGAAA